AGCAGAUGAAGGAGACAGUGACAUUAACUCUUGAACCUGUGCCUGUAGAAAGCCAGUCAAGAGCUGGAGCAAGUAAUAUCAGCCCAUCAACAGCUUUCCCUGCAUUUUUUGAAGUUCCGAAGUUUCCAUUUGAUGUUCAGGCCAAGUUGGACCGAAAAGAAUGCAGACUAACGUCAUCAGACCGAAACAAAAUUAUUAGAACGUUGUAUAAAAGCAUGGCUCAGUACAAAAUGUAUCCAACUACAGAGGAGUAUGUUCAAGUGGCUAAGGCCCUGACUCUGAGGUAUCCCUUUUUAAAAGACAAAGAGGGCAAUGGAUAUCACACUUGGCACAUGUCUCUGAAACGCAAGUUUAAAUUUGAGCGGACACCUUUGGCUGAAGUUGAAGAAGUGAAAAGACUUAAACAGAAGUUUGGUCAUUCAAAAAAGUCUCUGCAACCUGAAGAAAGCAGUUGCAAAGAAAUUACAAGGCCUUUGGAGAUUAAUGCUGUUGGAGAGGAUGCUACAUCAAUAGAGGGACAUGUGAAAGUCCUGCAGGACCAAUAUAGAAGGACACAGCCAGAGACUCACAUUGUUGAAGAUCGAAUAAGGAGGACCUUUGCCUGGAGGCGGCAGGAGAUACUAGUGGUAUGA